GGAAAACAACUACACAAUAGGAUACAAAAACAUUUAUCGACAAUUGCACUAGCAAGAAGCGAUAGGGGCCAAGAGAAGACAUUGACUAUAGUCGCUGGGCAUUUCUUGCAAUACCAUCAGGGACACUUAAGUGGAAUACAAGUGAUUGGUUUGGAAAGAAUUGCCAACAACAUUAGGAGAGGAGCAGUUACCAACAAACUCCUACAGGUCGAAUCUAAAUGGACAUUUAAAUUAGGGACAGUGUCACCUGCCGGAUUGAAUGAAGACGUCUUAUUGACCGGAUUCCUGGGUCAUGUGACUGACUAUAAGUGGCAUUCAGGUCUACACAGUGGAGUGUUUGUCAAGUGCCUCAUAACCAUAUGCACUCUUGUGGUGCAUCACUUGGAGGAGCCGCAGCACUCACACAGAGGCAAAGUGAUGGAGGUCGGCAGCGAGGACCAGUGCCUACACAUGUCAGGCUGCAGCGAGGACCAGUGCCUACACAUGCCAGGCUGCAGCGAGGACCAGUGCCUACACAUGCCAGGCUGCAGCGAGGACCAGUGCCUACACAUGCCAGGCUGCAGCAAGGACCAGUGCCAACACAUGCCAGGCUGCAGCGAGGACCAGUGCCUACACAUGCCAGGCUGCAGCGAGGACCAGUGCCUACACAUGCCAGGCUUCAGCGAGGACCAGUGCCUACACAUGUCAGGCUGCAGCGAGGACCAGUGCCUACACAUGCCAGGCUGCAGCGAGGACCAGUGCCUACACAUGCCAGGCUGCAGCGAGGACCAGUGCCUACACAUGCCAGGCUGCAGCGAGGACCAGUGCCUACACAUGCCAGGCUGCAGCGAGGACCAGUGCCUACACAUGCCAGGCUGCAGCGAGGACCAGUGCCUACACAUGCCAGGCUGCAGCGAGGACCAGUGCCUACACAUGCCAGGCUGCAGCGAGGACCAGUGCCUACACAUGCCAGGCUGUUACACCACAAAUACGCAGAGUAAAUUACUGUAUUAA